AACAGAUGGAACAUGUGCGGAGUAUGCAGGAGAAGCUGGCACGCUUGAACUUGGAACUAUAUGGGGAGUUGGAAGAACUUCCUGAAGAUAAGAGAAAAAUAGCCAGUGACUCCAAUUUGGACAGGCUGCUAUCAGAUGAAUCAACGUAUUUAAUUCAUUGAAAUGUCUAGGUGGUUUCUAGCAAAAGUCUGAACUGUGUAGUGAGUCUAUAACUGAUGGAACUGUUGCUGCAGUGAUGAUGACAACAGCUUCUGUAACACCUACCCCACACACCAUUAAACAACGGAGCUUAGGGCUCCUUGCUGAAGGUACUGAAAAGUCCAUCAGGGAGUUAUCUGGUCAAAUCCAGGCCACUGGGAGCUUGCAUACAAGAUUCAGUGCUUGGACACCUAUUGCAAACAAAUCAUUCAACAAGCACCUCUUUCAGGAAAGAGUUGGACUUAUAAGCCACUGGUUUGAUCUGUGGACAGACAAGCAGCGCAAACAGUUCCUGCACACAAUAUUGCUGAAAUGCAGUAAAUCACAACUAAGGUUUACCCAAAAUUGGUUUGCAGAGAGGAUUCCAGUGACCAAAGUGGACUUCACUAGCAUGCUGCCAUGUUUCAUAUCUUUGUACAUCUUCUCUUUUCUCAGCCCCAGGGAGCUCUGUGCAACUGCCCAAGUCAGCUGGCACUGGAAAUUUUUAACUGAACAGGAUUGUCUGUGGAUGCCAAAAUGCAUCAAGUUUGGAUGGUUCCUGCCAUACACUCCAACAGACAACGAACACGGCGCUUGGAAGCGUCAUUAUAUCACCUGUGCGGCUACGUUGGAUUACCUCACUCCAAGGGAAGCCAGUAAAAUCUAUGGGACCCUCAAUGAACCAAAAUCUGAAAAUGAGGAGCAGGAAGAAAGGCUGCGAGAAAAACAGCUGAGAAAAAUGAUUCAGGAAAGAUUGGCAUUACACAAGAAGGAUUUAUUCAUGGCUCGACCACCCUGGGGAAGCAGGACGUGGAGCUCAAGGUUUUUUAAAUCAUCAUUACAGCCAUGCCCGGCCCAGACUAUUCAGGAUUGCACGAGACUUCAGGCAGCUUUGCUAAUAAUUAAGGAAAGAAAUGCUAUUCCAAAUCAUACUCUUUCAACUUUGCUCUCUGAAGAAAUGAAAUCCAUGUCAAGUUUUAGUCUGGCAGCAGAGAAGCAGUUGGUUUUAGCCUCCUUAAAAUCUUUUCCCAACAGAAGAAAUGUGGCUGGAACCAGAUCUUACCCUUUGCUACCUUGCAAACAUCGUCAGAACAUCUACCAAAAAUACAGCAAUUGUAUAUAUCCACUUCAUCCAUGCCUGCUCUUGAUAUCAUCUCAGAUUCCUGCAUAUGAGAUGGUUCUGGAUAGCACUAAGCCAGAAGUAGUUCCCGUGGUAUAUGAACAUAGUGGAAUGACAUUGGAAAGUCUCUUUUUUUACAUAGAAAAGGCCCUGGAUGGCCGAAAAGCAAGGAGUAUUGGAAUUUUCAGUGAUGGAGACUCCAGAGAAAUCAGUUUGCUUCAAGGCUGCAGAAUUAGUAUUGAGAACAUUUUGAGCUCUGAAAUUAGAGAAUUUUGGGAGAAGCUAGGAGGUUGUGUCACUUCUCCUGAGGAAGGCGGCCAUGUGGACAUCUUUGUUCCUUUGGCAGCAUCAGAGACAGGGAUGGAAGUCCUCUCCCACCUGUCUCAUCUAACUGGUGUGUUCUUCAGAACUCCUACAGGAAUAGCAACUAGAUCCUACCAGCACAUUCUUAGUGAAUGGCUAGGAGAGCAGAAGGAUGGACCUCCUACUUCCAUUUAUUUCACUGAAGUAAAACUACAGAUGUGGCUCAGACUGACAGAGCUCAUGGAGGAUGCAAUGAAACCCAUCCGCAAGCAAAUGAGACCAUAUUUGAGAGAGCUGCAGAAGAACAUUAGUGACAGGCUUAUUGGUCACUUUAUGUUUGAUGCCAUUAGCAUAGGCAGAAUAAGCACUGAUCAAGAAGUAGCCCAGACCACAGCUGAUGGAUUAACUGAACUGUCAAAAAGAAGCUACGGUAAGAGACAUCUAAAGGACUCUGAUGACAAACGAACAAGACUCGCCAGAGAGCUCCUGAGAAGUGAGAGAAACUAUGUGCAAAUGCUAGAAAUUGUGAGGGAUGUUUAUACUACUCCACUGAAAGCAGCACUAGCUUCAAAUCGAGCCAUCCUGAGUCAUGCAAAUGUUCAAAUCAUCUUCUCUGAUAUCUUAGAAGUCUUACAGCUCAAUAGGGAGAUUUUAGAUGACCUGACAGAAAGACUUGAAGAAUGGAGUCCAGCCCAGUGCCUGGGUGACAUAUUUAUUAAAUUUGGCCUGCAGUUGCAAACAUACACCAACUUCUUCAAUAACUACACUGUCAUUCUGAAAACGAUUGAUAAAUGCAGACAAACUGUUCCUUUAUUUUGGGCCUUCUUGAAAAGACACGAUAAGACAAUUGCUACUAACAUGAGGAGCUUACAGGAACUGCUCUUAUGCCCUUCUAGAAGAUUUGAGGAGUAUAUUAACUUUCUUUAUGCUCUGAGACUUCACACACCACCAGACCAUGCUGACCGGGAAGACCUGACAGCUGCAAUCAAGAAGAUGAAACAGUACAAGGACUAUGUGGAUCAGCUACAGCUGAACAUCAGCAGGGAUGAGCAAAUGCUAAAUGCACAAAGAAUCAUCCAAGGAUGCCCUAAUUUAUUAGAAGCCAACAGAUACCUGAUCAAAGUACAAGAUGUAGCCCAAGUUAGCUGCAGGUCUGAGGAAAUUCAUCUCUCACUCAGACUCUAUGAACACGUCAGUGAUCUUAGUCUUUUUCUUUUCAAUGAUGCACUUGUUAUUUCAAGCUGCAACAUCUCUUACAAGCCUUUUGAACAGAUCCCAAACACAUCAUACCAAUUCUUGGCAUCAGUAGCACUUCACAGGCUCCUUGUAGAAGACAUUCCAGACUCAAAAUAUAUCAAGAAUGCAUUUAUUCUACAAGGGCCAAAACAGCGAUGGAUUUGUUCUACAGAGGAUGAAGACAGUAAAUUCACAUGGCUGUCUGUGCUGCACAGUGCAAUCAACUGUAGCAUUGAGAAAAACUGUUCUUAAAAUGAAUCUCAGAGCUUUUAGUAUGUGCUAAUUAUCUGCAAGAACAGAAGAUAUGAUAUUUUGUGCAAUCUGAGGAACUAUUGCUCAAAUUUAAUAUAAUAAAAAUUAUCGCUUUUAGAAUGUACAGGUAAGACUAAAAAAAAUACAACAGAACUAACACAGCCUUACACAGUAGAUAGGAGGGUUUGAUAUUUUAAAAAUACUAUUACAGUUCAUUUGACUAUAGAAUUCAAGGCAAAAUUCUCAUACUUAUGACUAAGGGCCUUCAUAAAAAUUUACACUGUAUGACUAAAUAAUGAAGAACUGCUAUAUGCACAAAUUAUCCCUUCACCUACAGGAAGGGACCUUGUUUUUUCUCCGUUGUUUCGUUAUUUGAAACGCACAAGAUUUUAAGUGGUAUGUCCCUGUACUUUCUGUUAUCAUCUUGUGCCAAUUCCUUGUUUCAAGAACAUUAAGGAUAUACAAUUUCCCCCCCUUUUUAAACUAGAGAACAAACCCUCCUUGAGUGAAAAUUUUACUCAAAAAGUUAUGAAUGGUAAGUCAUGAAUACUAAACCAUGGAGUCAUAUUGCUCUGGAAAGUAAAAUGAAAUAAUAAAAUAAGGUUCCAGGGACAAUUGGUUCUUUAAUUGUUGAAACUGAAGCACCUACCCAAAAGAGACUGCUGUACCAGGUACUUAAUUAAAGAAAAAACAGAGAAGUGAUUUAAAAUGCAAACAAGAGAACAGCUCUGUCUUUGCCUUGAAAUUACAUAGUUCUGUUCGUAUUUCUUUGGGAAUCUUAUGCCAUUUGUAAUUGUUUCAUGGAAUGAGAAUGUGUUCAAUUAAAAGCUAAAGAUAGAUAGUUUUAGAAAGCUAUUUCUGAACAACAGAAAAAAAUAUGAGGGGUAUUACUAGGAAGAUUCAGACAUUUGUGCAAUUUAUUUUGCUUAGCUACUUGAAGCAAAUACAAGUUCUUAGUGGGAGUAGAGCAAAGGAUUCCUCAACCUGCAAAGGCAUGGUUAAGAGAUAAAAUGUGUGACAGAACUUCUACGGGGGACAAAGCUUAUUUGGGUAGGAACUGUAAUGCCAAAGAAUUCCUUUAAUAUCCUUAUGGACAUAGUUUUCAGCAUUAAGUAAGGGGUUAUCUAGUUUGUGCAGUGCACAAAUGGUUUUAAGCCUAAAAUGAGGAAUAUUUGAGAGGCACAAGACAUGUUAGAAUAAUUCUUAAAAUACAAUGAUGGUUGUUUUAUAUUAGCACUGCCUUUGGAAAAAAGGAAUGGCUUUCCAUGUAUUUUGUUCCAUUUUGUAGAUCUGUUAAACAGACAUAGGGAUGGACAAUGAAUAGGUUUUGGAUGUGCAAAGGUAACAGUUUAAGCAGUGGGAAUGGAGGAAAGGAAUAAAAACAAAACAGCAAAGGGAAACAAGAUGGAAAGAAAAGAAAAGAAAAGAAGCAAAUGUAAGAAAUGAUUGGUUUUGAAAUAAAAGUUCAUUUUUCCUAAAGAAAGCUUUGGAAGAAAAAUGCUGGCUUGAACUGUGUUGACAACUGCCCAUCCUCUUUAAUGUGUACAGUAAUAAUUCCCUAUCUACGGUAUUUAUGCUACCAGUGUAAAUACAUGCCAGGAGCACACAAUAGCAGAGAUUGCAUAUACAUUGUGCUAGGUAUCCUAUAAAGAGUCUGUGCUUAAGAUUCAAAAUCUGGAUUUAUAACAAAAUGCAACAUGUAGCUGGAACAGACAAGUGAGGUAACAUUUAAAAAAAUGUUUUUCAGGCUAUAUGGACCUCUUUUCUUUGCCUUCCACAUGUUCUUUUAUUGGAAGUUAACUCCGUCAAGAUAAGGUAGCUCUGUAGGAACACCACCUGAACUGAUGCCCUUAAGACAAGAGACACUUAAGACACCUCAAGACUCUGUAGUAUAUAGUGAAAAGUUUGAUUUAAGAAUUUGCUGAAUGAUGCAUUCAACUGAACCACAGUACAGUCUUUAAAAAUAGACAAUCCACUGGCUAGACAUAAUUAUGCUACAGCUAUUACUACAAGUUCUUAAUUUGAGUGAUUUAUUUACAAUUUGUCAAUUUCACUGCAUAUACAUAUUUAAAUUUUAGUGUAAAAGUUUAAUUAAAAAAUUUGAAUGUUUAAAAAAAUAUUAACUUUUAUACAAGUAGAGGUUUUAUUCUUAUUCCUCAAACGCUGAUAGCAGAAGCAAAAUUAUUUUACUUUAACUUGGAAAUAUUUCAGUCCAUUUUUAGAAAGGAAUUUUUAAAAUUCAAACUGCAUGGACAACUAUAUGCGGUAAUUUAAAAAAAAAUCAUAUUCUCAAGUGUAUCUAGUUACAAAGCACAGCAUCUGGUUUUUUUACAGCAAUAAUUAGUCACAUAACUGAAGUGAUCUUAGGCCAUCAUCUUCCCUGGAUUGCCUUGCAUUUCUCCUUAUGACUUGUAUCUACUUUCACAGGCUAACAACUGACAAAGAUAUUGUGGAAUUACAAUUACAUUGGCAACUUAUCUUUAAAAAUGUUAUUUCACUAUAGAUUUUUCAACCUGUGCUACAUGCAAAUAAAAAGAUUCACGUUUUCAUGCAGCUGUGAAGUCUGAUUUAUACCCAAGGAAUGCAGGUUUGCAUGGAAUGUAUAAAAGCUAGCAGAAAUGUUUUCAUGGCAUUUUAAAAAAUGAAUUUGAACAGUUAGACUAGUAUAUUAACAACUAUAAUUACCUUGUUAGUCUACAACAACCCUAAAUGGAAAACUCUUAUUUAUUUACUGUCUAAACUGAAAUGCAAGCAAAAGGCAGCAUACAAAGUGGAAAAACUGACUUAAAUUUUCUUGUCACUCAUUAAGAACAAGUAAGAGAAUCUAAUUAAAACCCAAACAGCAAAACAAGGAGGAUAAGGAUUUCUAAACCGUGACCCAUUUUAGUUUGAUUACAUUAGAAGGUACUUUCACAGAAGCCUACCAAAAAGGUAGUUUAACAACAUGGUUGAUCCGCGCUCUCAUUUGAUCCAAAAUCUUACAUUUUUUUAAAUAGAGGAUAUCUAUGUUUCUUUACAAGCUUAAUCAUGAAUGUGAUCUUGUACUAUAGAAAUAAUUCAGCUACACAAACAAGGCACUAGCAUAAAUGGAGCAUAGCCACAGACUACCAAACUAAUUUCACUGGUAGCUAAAAGCCUAAAAUCUGGGUUUAAAAAAAAAAAAACAGCCCACAAAUUAGGAUUUACUGCUCAUUGCACUUGCCAUCAAAAAUAGAUUUAAAAUAUUCCUGCUAACUUGCAAGAGAAACCUAUUUGUGUGAGUUACUGAUUUCAGUUAAGGAUGAAUCAACAAUAUUAAAAUAUUGUGCUGUUUUAUUGGUGUAAAAAUCACACAAUUGCUAGUUCUGAUUCUGCUGAGAUACAUCCAUGCAAUUUAACAUCUAUGAUCCCACAGCCAGAAGAAGCUAUUAAAUAGAGUAUCUGCUGUUAGUCAGCAAUUAAUGCAAAUUUACAUAUGAGAU